AUGCCGCCGCCGGGUGUGAACUCGGUCAAUGGCCCCCGCGGCUCCUCCAACUGCAAGGGCAAGAAGAAGGAACAGACCGAGGCGCGGCGCCGGGCCAACCGCCGCAUACGGCGAUGGGCGAGCAGCGAGCAGCUGGGCGAUCACCAGCAGUGGACCUACGCAGCCACCGGGGCGCCAGUUCCACAGUGCAUGACCCGCGGCCAGAGGUCGUGGGCGGCCGCCAUGGUUUUCUGGCUCUCCAAGCUGGCCGACGAAUUUGGCGGAGUGAUGAUCAACCGCCGUUUCUGGCCGACGAAUCUCGUCAUGCGCAUGCGGGUGAUCCCGCAGCAGUUCUACACGUGCCGCCGCAUGCCCAUCCACGUAGAGUUUGGCAGCAAUGGGCACGGGCGCUGGUGGGUGCGUGGGCUAGGCACCAUGCGGGUCGCCUACCAGGACACCAAGCCAGACAAGUCCACGCCCAAAAAGAAGAUGACCUGCGCGUGCAAGCGCCAGACCGCCGCCUGCUCGCUGCGCGGGAAGGGUUUCGCCCAGCUGGGCGGAUCCGAUCCAGAGUGGCAGGCCCUGGUGGCGGCCCCAGCCCCUCCGCCAGGAGUGCCCGCGGCGAGGGCGUCGGCGGGGGCGGUGCCGCCAUGGCCAGCGUCGGCCGACGCUCAGGCAGCUGGGACACCCUAUCAGCAGAUCGAGUCAGAGCAGCCCGACGUGAUCAUGCACGACGUGGAGGAGCAGGCCAAGGAGCAGAGGGCCCAGCGUCGCCGACAGGCAGCGCCGUCUCCAGCCAAGAGAGCGGCGAUGGGACCCUCGGCCAGCUCGGGCGACGGCAACGACGAGACCAUGCGCCUCCUGCAGCAGAUCGCCAACAAGCAGAAUCAGCAGGAGUCCUCCAUCAACCAGCUCUGCGCGACCGUGUCGGGCCAGAUGGAGGCGGUCGCGACCCCCCAGUCGAAGGCGCAGCAGCUUUCAGCGCACUCGUCGACGGCGCAGGUCCUGACCGGACCUGCCGCGACGAAGUCACCGCCCCCACUGGUGCCACGGGGGCCGGUCCCCAGGGCGCCCCGAGAGCCAGCGCCCAAGGCGCCUCAGGCACCAGGCCAGAAGAGCGAGGCGGAAGUGUCAAGCCCAGAGGCAAGUGCGAGCGCGAAGCACGAGGAGCCGGGGCAGGGACCAGCCGCAGCCAGGCCACCGCCAGCGCCGGCGGGAGCGGAGCAUCACAGCAUCGCCACCCCUCCGGCACUCCAGCAGCCCCCCCCGCUACAGACGCCGCCCCACGGAGUCUCGAUCGCAGCUAUGCCCUCUCCGAGGUGUGGGACUCCGUCGGCGGCCGCGGCCGCGACUCAGGAGGGGGGCUGGGGCUUCGUCGGCACGGCCCCAGUGGUGAGCGCCUACCCGUCGUACGGCGCCGGCCCCGUGACUCAUCAGAUCUCGAGUGCGGCAUGGCCUCCGCCAAUGGGCUACGCCAAGACCAGGGUGGACAAUCCUCGGGGCCUUCGCGAUCAGCAGGGAGCUCUUCUCUCGUCGCCCGCGAUCAGCAGCUUCGCGAUGCCAUCGACGCCGGGGGGCACGCAACAGCAGCCCCCGGCGACGGCUCCAGCGGCGUCGGCCCAGCAGCUCACGCGGGCGCAGAGCGGCCCGAUGCAGGACGGCGGUCAGCAGUCUCAGCAGAGGGUCGAGCGCCCGACGAGACCUUCGGCGGCGGGGCCUUCGUCUGCCGAGGGAGACCCGUGGAUGCCGACGGAGAACCCAGAAGAGGCGGCCUGGAGGCAGCAGCAGCAGAUGAAGGGCGCCGAGAAAGAGCGCCUGGCCAAGGAGGGGUGGGAGCAGACUGGGUGGAAGACGUGGAGCCACGAGGGCGGCGGCAAGAUCGCUCACUACUCCGACCACGCCAGAGCGGUGUGCCUGGGCAGCUUCGACAAGGCGGCUUUAGAGCAGCACCAACUGGGGAGAAAGUUCGCCUUCGAACACCCGGUCACCGCGGGGUCCUGGAGGACCGAGAUGGUCCGCUACAUGCAGGGCUUCCCUGGGGCGGCGCCUGCUGUAGAGGCCGACGGCGGAGCCGCCGCGGAGGAAGGCGAGGCGGUGUUCAUGGCGGCGGCGAGGGACGCUUGGCGGGGAGGCAGGCGGCGGAACAAGGGCGACCAGAAGACGGAGGAGGGCCUGCAGGGUCAGGGUGCAGGCCUCCGCGAGCUCAUGCUCCUCGUCAGCAAGCGGGCGCUCGGCAACGCCAAAAGGUGCGCCUGCUGGAGGGCCGCGAUUCUGCAGGAGGCGGAGAGCGGAGCCAACAUGAUCAACACCAAGAAGUUGAGCGAGGACAUCAAGACGUGCGAAGGGCUGAGGCGGGCGGCCGCCAUCUUCGAGGCAACGCACCCCGCGGGCUACAUGGAGAAGGAGCUCCAGGGCUGGACGGAGUGGCUCCAGGCGCACCUCAAGAUGCAGACGGAGGUGAAGCGGAAGAACGCCGAGCUGCAAGCCGCCUGCGCCCGCAAGGACGCCGGCUGGGCGAAGAAGCAGCGCCUGGACCUCGAGCUGUCCGGGCUGCUCGACGAGCUCGGCGAGCGCGAGCGGCUGGGCGAGGGGCCCUCUCCCGAGCAGGCCCGCCGGCUGGAGCAGACCCGGGCGGAGAGCGACCAGGCCCGCGAGGACUACGCCGAGCCCGCCGAGGUCAUCUCGGCCGCGAUGAAGCAGGUGCGCGGCUUCGCCGGGGAGUGCAGCGCCGAGCGCGCGUACGCCGGCGGGGACCCUGAGCUGCGAGCCGCGCUGGGGCACGCGGUGCGGGUAUCGACCUGUGGUUGGUUCAUCUCCGCGGGCGCCGCCAUCUGCCACUCAGUCAACAAGGCAGAAGUGGAGCUGGACAGAGCCGCGGGCCGUCCCGUGACUUCCACGCCCGGGCUCACCUCAGGGUUCUUGCAGCUGCCAGCGUGCAUGGCGGGCAACGCCUUCGACCCAGAGGAGACGUUCGACCCCGCGGCGCCGUUCCAGGAUGCUUGGCACCCGAAGGACGCGGCCGCAUCGCCUGCCAGUUGCGAGGCCCGCGAGGUCGUCUUCUUCCCGCGGGAGACGGAGGCCGAGGGUGCCAUCGUGCCCCCCGACACCAACCAGGCCGGGACGGAGCUCGUCCGCGAGGGCCAGAUCCCGCUGGACGACCGGCUCGCGGAGGCGCGCCUCCCCGAGCCGCCUCCGGAAGGCACGCCGGUAGAGGACGAGCUGGCGAGCAUCCGCAGCCGCCUCGAAGAGGUCCGCCGGAUGCUAGCGAGAGAGGGGGCCUCGGCGGCCGGA